AUGAGGUGCACCUUCUCCCUCUUCUGCGCCUUCCUUGCGCUUCUCGCGCUUUCUCUCGCAGCCCCGGACGCCAUCGACACCGACAGCCUAGUCUCCUCCUCCGUUCAAGGAAUUCCCCCAGGACCAUCGAUUGUCGGUACUUCUCCCGCCCCAGCUAGUUCCCAGGUAUCAUCAGAAGAUACCCCGUCCGAAAACGAUUUGCUCGCAGAGCUCCACGGCCUCACUAGCACCAACACAACGUUGUCGACUGCCAGCUCCGAUGAUAACGAUGUCACGAUCGCCUCCAGCAAGUGGUCCAAUCUCAAAGACUGGUAUCGAGUUGAUGUUCGUUUCGGCGACCAGACAGUAGGAGGCACCCACUCUGGAACCUUCCAACUGGAACGGAUGUAUGAACGCGUCUACUCAACCCUCAAAAAGUGUAAAAAAGGGUCUACCCUAGACGAUUGUUCUAUCCGCAACACAGUUUUCAAAGACGGCGACAAUGGUUACCGAACAGACUCGUCGAUCAUUCUCGAGAUUGAGCACGAGUACUUCAAUCCGGAUGUACCAAAUCUCCAAGAUUUGGGAUACCGUAUGAUGGCUAGAUUGUACCAGAAGAUGACCGCAGUUCCCGAAAACUGCUUCCUAGUCUCGAACGACGGGAAGGGUCCCUUUAAAGACCAUGAGGGUGGUGACAGAGACUUGUACUUUUGCACCAUUCCAGCCAGGGCGCUCAUCGCCUACCCAAUCAACGGAGGUCCAGUUCAGAUGGUUUUCAAAGUCAAACUGGAAUGGGAUCACAAGACAGACAACAAAAAAUACAACUGCCGACAUUUUACGGACGACGGCGUUGCAGAGUACGGAAGCGUACCGUUUCGCAACGGUUUCAAUGAAGAAAUCGCCAAAAUGCACGGAUGGAGAGCAGACCGAGUCGCCACCUGGGUCGACUGUUCCAUCAAAGAAUGCCUCGAAACUAAUGCGAAGCGUGACGGCAAGGAAUGGCAGGAGGAAUACAAAGAUACGUGCUUCCCGCGAUGGGAACCGAGAGGGUGCGGCACAUGGGAUGAGGGUCCCAAGCCUGAAUACCACUGUCCUCCCGAAUACCAAGGGUCAUUUGAUUGA